AUGAAGAAUCCUAUGCACUUCGGUCCUAUCUAUUUCUUAAUAUACAUCUACGCUACAACAAUCAGCACUAGCUAUGCAACGACGACGGAGGCACCAACAACCCAAAUGACUACUGACACAUCAUCGAAUCCUAAUUCAAUCUACAUCAUCACGAGCUUCACUCCAAACGCUAUGGUAACUCCUAUAUAUAUCAUAACAAGCAUCACCCCAAUAACUACUACAACUAUCACAACAACAAUUACUACUUCAACAGUGACUACAACAACAACAACUCUUCCCUUUUGUAAUAACGGUACUCAUUACCUCUCAUCCAACGGCACGUGUCUUUCCAAAGAUUCAGAACAGCAAAGUCUUGUUUACUUUCUUCUUACAAACACUACAAAUGGAACAGCCACUGCCAAUGCUCUCACUCAGUAUCUCCAGCUCAUCGCCAACUCAACAGUCCCAUCCACUCCCAACAACACACUGACCAUCACUCAGAUCGACAAGAUCUUGGAAAACAUCACCAACACUACCAUUUCCAUCGCCAAUAACUUCACAGCGAUCGUCGCUAGCCAAAUCAAUGGCACUGUGGACAACGAAACAGUCAUUGGCCUGGCUUAUAACACCUCCAACAACACAAUAGUGAACACGGUAAACAGUGCGAAUGUGACUGGCUCUUUUCAAUCGGUUGCUGGUAUAGUUCGGUUGGAGGGACUGAAAAACACUGAAUAUUUCAAUAUGUUGCUAAUUUACAAUCCAAACACAGUUGAGAGACUGGGAAACUGGAGCGAGACUGAUCAAAUAGUCUCAUCAGUUGUCGUAGCUUCGGUCAAUCGUACUAUAAGAAAUAAGGUAGUUAUUAGAUUACUGUUUGAAGUGAUAAUACCACCGGAUCCGAAUGCUCUUGGAAAGUAUACCUGUAAAUACUUUAAUAGUACAACAUCUCAAUGGAGCAGUGAUGGUUGUUUGGAACCUAAUUACAAUAAAGAGUUUCGUCGCUAUGAGUGUGAAUGUUAUCAUUUAACGUCUUUUGCACUUAUUUGGUCUCAAAAUCUUUUGAACAACAAAUUUGAAGAAUACACUGCGGAAGACAUAGCGUCAAUUGUGUUUCUAUCGAUUUCUAUCACAUGUUUCGUUGUUGUUAUCAUUCACGGCUUUUACAAAUGUACCUGGGGUGCAGAUAAUGAGAAUGAACGAGAUGAAGCUCGACUACCGAGAAACAUCAUACUAUACAUAACCUUUGGUGUGACAAUGUUGCUAUUUCUCUUUUACCUCAGUUUGGGAGGAACAGUUUAUCAGAGAUACAAGUCACUAGAUCUGUCAAAUAAUGGACAUGGUGAUCCAUCGGCACCUGAAAUGAAGCCAAUGACCCGAGCUAAUACCCUAACAACAACAUCAGCAGCAUCGGAUGACUCAUGCACAGCGAACGAACGCGUCUUAAUGUACAUUGUAUACUUUUUUAUUAUAAUGAUGUUUUGUGCUAAAACUUUCAUGGGAUAUUACAAUUAUCUGCAUUUUGUAAAAAAGUUUCCUCCACCACACUACUAUUUGCAUCUUAUUAUUGUUAUGUCUAUUUCGGCAAUUAUUAGCGCGAUUGCGAUGAUUUUAGCAAUUGUUUUUAAUUCCAAUCCACCCAAUCAAAUAACGCGAACAGUGAAGGGUAAACUUUGUUGGUUCAAAACAGAAUCGCAUAUCAAUGAUUACUUUUUAACAAUACCAAUCGUAUUAUUUCUCGCUUUAAAUACCAUCCUACUAUUUGUAGUUAUUAUAUAUCUGUUUUUCAGUACUAGGAGAACAGAUAUGCCAGAAGUGAAAAAUAUACGACUCCAACGAAUGUUCAUUAUUCUGCUAAUCUCAUGUUUCACACAAGGUUUCGGUUGGCUUUUCGGUGUGGUUAUUCCCGGCGUUGAUCAGAAAGCCGGUGGGGUGCUAGUAUGGUUUUUUAUUAUUUUCAAUGGACUGGAAGGUCUUUUUACCGUCAUUGCAUAUGUAAUUGGUUUACGCGCAGAACUAGAUAAGACAAUACCUCGUGGUCCGAAUUCUGGCUCAGAUUACGAAAUGCUCAAUGCGAUCAAUGAAUCACCAUCGAAAGAAAUAAAAGAAAUCGAAAUCGCAAUAAAAAAUCUAAAGAAAGCACAACCUCCCAAUUUUCAAAGUAGCUCACCUCGUGAGUCAUUUGCCUGUUCAAAUGAUGUGCAGCUAGAUUUGGCUCGUUCUGAAGAUGACAGACGUGAACCUGAUUGCACAUAUUAA